AUGUCUAGUUAUAAAUGCAGACGACUUGACAGCCUAGGCAACCGCACAGACAUUAAUCCCUUCAUAGACAUUGAAGCAGCGGUUUCCGAUGAUGAUGAAAGUUCGGAAGAGCUUGAUUAUAAAGGGGGCCAACUACUGAAUGAUAACGAUGAAUACUCUGAGGAUGAGGAACGUGUUGCACACUCUCGGCUAUAUCAUGCCAUGCAAAAUACAGAUAACGCUGAUGAAUGGAGCGAUUUGUUGCCCAUGCUUCUGCCUUCACGCAUGAAAAUUCGUCCUGACAAUGAUAUAGAGCCAUCUAGUUCACAAGAACUUAUACAGAAAUAUGGCAAUCCCCAACCAGGAGGACUUGGUGAUAAUAAUUAUAUGCCUUCCGCGACUGAUAUCAUGUAUGAAAUAGGUUGCAAGGUUGGACGCAAAGAGGCCGUCGCUUUCAAAAUUAUGCAGAUGUCAACGAACCCUACAUUUCCCAUCAUCCUUGCCCGGUCUGUCUUCGCUCAAUCCUCAAUUCCUGGGAGAAUCUACGUCGAGGCGCCAUCAAUGCAACAUGCGCAUACGUUAGCCUGCCUCGUUAGAGAGCUUAAUCCGACACAUUUAGUUAGGCUAUCCUCGGAGAGAUGUAUGGAGAUCCUAUCUCAUCCCCCACCCUCACGCCCUGAAGACCAAUCGUGGGUCAAGGUUGCUGGAAAGCGUAAGGCUUGGACAACCUACGCAAAUGCUACCGGCCUUGUGUUCACAUUCCAGGGUCAGAAAAGUGUUGUUCUUAUCCCCAGACCUCCGGACAACAUCAAGAAAUCGCACCUCGACAGGAUAUUCCAGGAUGGAUUUAUUAUCACGGAUUUCGACGCCAUCGAUCUCAAAUAUCUUUCCAAUGUCCUCCCAACAUCGUCCGAGUUGGAGCAAUUUCGCGAGUGUCCAUUUGUAACGACGGAGACCUUAGCGCAAGCCUCGAAAGCCAUCUCCAUGACUCAACUGAAACGAUAUGAUCAAGUCAAAAUUAUUGGUGGAGAAUACUUAGGUCUUUUUGGAACGGUCAAGAGUGUUUCUGACGCUGAGGUGGAAGUGCACAUCCCCUCCCAAGGUAUAACACAAGCAGUUGCACUACACGAUCUACGUGCAGCUUUCCAGAUAGGCGAUAGUGUUGAAGUCGUUGAAGGGGAUCACAAAGAUCUCCAUGGAUGGGUGUCAGACUUUGAUGGAAGAUCUGUUUGUAUUAUCGCCCCAGAGCACGAACGCGAAGUCAUUGUGCCCAUCCACACAGUCAUAUUCUACGUCCCCCCUGCCCAUGCUACUCUUCGCCCGCGAAAGCGUCAUUCGUCAAAGCUUGGAGAAAGAGACCACAACGACGUCUAUAUAGGUUUGAGUGUCAUCGUUGUCGGGAAUAAUACAUUCAAGGGGUACUAUGGCAUCGUUAAAAGCACUACCCCCGACGGCUUUGCAGACGUUGAGCUGGAAGCUCGUAACCAGAGGGUGGAACGUAUUAAAAUAUCACAUUUAAUUAUACACAACCAAGAACAUAUAAAUUCCGCUCAAGACCCCGGGCCUUCUGGUGGAGCAACUCCAAUGCCGUCCACAGUAGCAAGUUUUCUGUCUCCUGCAUGGAAUCCGUAUUCAGCAAUACCUGUAUACUCGGCGGUGGAAAUCGCAGAACUACCCUCAACCGUCGCUCACUGGCUAGAUACGAAAUACGAUAAGCUGAAAGGAUUACGAUUAAAAGUCGUAGACAAAUCCAAGGGCGACCAUCAAGUGGCGAUGGAACUUCUCAGCCUUACCGACGAUACUGCCCACCUAGCAUUACUGGGAUGUACACUGACAUUACCGAAAUCAGUGUUGUUUCCAAUUCAUCCUGUAAAAAAGGACGACUUCGUUACACCGCUUGAGGGCGAUUCAAUGGGGAUUAUAUUCAGGAUACGAUCAAUAGACAAGGAUAUUUGCGUUGUAUAUAAAUAUCCCGUUACUCGUAUGAAACGCGGUGAUACAUUCCCAACUUUUCCGACAACAUCUUUGAUUCAAAUCUUCCCCCCGUCCCGUGGUGUCAAAGUUAAUCAAGGCAUAGAGGCCGUUAAAAAGGCUCUUGACCAAUUUCAACUCACUGAACAGAGGUGUCUAGAAGUUCAGGCAGAGCUACGUUGUUAUAUGGACGACAUUAUGCGAGCAUAUAAAUCCAAUGAAGAUCUUCUGUUUGAAACCCAGCUCGAAAUCGCCCGUCUACGGCCCAAUAUGCCACCUAAAGGAUCCAAAAAGAAAAAGGCGGUUGUCAAUGCCACGGUUGAAGGACAAGAGGUUGAACAGGGUCCGAGCUCCGUGGCAGAAAACGAGCCACCUCAGGCUCCUGAAGCAGACCCCAAUGGCCGUCCUAUCCGAAGCACCCGUGGUCUUGGUGGAGUAAAUGCUCGGCAGGAGAAAACAUCUAACAUCAUUUUUAUUGACUUUGAGAAGGCUGGGAAGAGGAAGUCAAGGGCCGCCAAUGUGGAUACUAGCGCCAUGCCUGAAAAUGAGAUGGCGCCUCCCUUGAAGAAACCUCGCAAUGGGGUUACCGUUGUGUUGCAUGUAGGUCCCCCUAUUCAAAUGCAACCAAGGCCAACGCCUUCAGUUGCUCCUUGGGAUGUCCAACAAGUCCAACCAAGCCCACGACAAUCUCAGGGUGCCCCCCCUCCUGUCCAGAUCCAACGUGCAGCUCAGAGAAAUCAGGAGCACUCAGAGCUUGAUCAUGCUGUCCAAAGACCCACUGCCCCCAUCCAGCGCCCCGCUGCUCCGGUACAACAGCCAGCACAUCCUGUCCCGCGCCCCGUACAACAUGCAGCACAUCCUGUCCCGCGCCCUGUACAACACGCAGCAAAUCCUGUUCAGCGUUACGCUGCCCCUGCGGCAGAGAAUUCUGUCCAAUACUACGAUGCCCCCGUACAACAACCAGUGCAUCCUGUAACACAACAUGCCCCCGUACAACAGCCAGUGCAUCCAGCAGCCUAUAACGCCCACCAAGAGGCUAGCAUCAGCCAUCAAGACGAGGAGGAGCAACAAGAUUACGAAGGCAUAGAGCAGGAGGAAGAUGAGGAGGAGGAAGAGGGGGAUAGUGACGGUGAAAGGCGAUCUGAGGAAGCAUCAGGGGACAAAUGCAUGCAAGGAAUUGAUGAAGAGAAUAUUGGGGAUGAAGAAGCUCUCCAAUAUGUCGACGGUGAUGAAGGUUACGACGACGCGGGUCAAGAUGAUGAAGAGCCUGCUGCCCAGCUGGUUGAUGAAGUUUCCGAUGAUGAAGAGGAGAGGAGAGCAAGGGCAUUGCUCCGCCAGCCUUCUCCCCAUAUUGUGGAAGUAGAGGAUGUUCUUCAAGAACACCGUUGUCGUAAUCGGGCGAACAAGCCACCUCGCCCUGAGGCAUUGCGCAAGGCGGCUGUUUCGCAAGGAGCCGUAUCCCAAGGUUUGACAAGGGAGAACAACGAAGCAUCUGACGAUGAUGAGGUGCUUGGUGAGGCACACAUCGCUCAUAAGAAGUCCAGUACUUCUUCUGCUAGGGAAGUAUCCAAGCAUUCAGUUGCAUCCUUUACUGGUUACUGGAAAGAUGUGCUCAAAAUUGCACGCAAACUGAUGUGCCUGUAUGUAGUAGAGGAGGUCCCCUUUCCCACUCGGGAAAAUCACUUAUUAGUCGCCGAUGGAUGUGUGAAGAUGGCAGUAACCGUGUUUGAAAGAAUGAACACGGAUAAAGUGUUGCCUGAUAAGAAAAAAACGCUCCUAGACAGGAAUACCGCCGUAACGGCAUUUGUCUACGCGUCAACCUUCCGGGGAAGACUGAAGACGAUGAUCAGACCCCUGGUCAAAAAUGCGUAUGGCCUCGAAGUCCCGUCGGAGGUCAUCGCCGCGAACCCCAAUAUGUUUGAAAAUCAGAUGGGGGAGAUCGAAUACAUCAAGGACAGGGUAGCAUAUUGGCUACUCAAUGGUAAAUACCACCGGGGUGUUGCCAAAACCCGAUAUCACGAUGUCCCAUUUGGACAUCCUUUUGUGAAGAAGAUCUGUCUGGACUUCUUCUACCAUCCUACAAAAGGGGUUGCAGUCCCCAUCAAAGGUCUGGAGACAAAGACGGAUUUCUUCAAGACAUUGCUUCCCCACAAAGCAUUUGCGCUUGUGGCCAGUUGUAUCCACAACUGUCUUGAGGAGUGGAGGGAUGAGAUUGACCCUGCAAGAGGUGGUCCGUGUUCGGGUAUUGAAUUCAAGGGAGAGGAGUACUCCCUGAGGUAUGAUGCCUGCAUGUUGGUUGCAGCAGAGGCAGAGAAGGAUACCUUGAACCAAGGUCCUUGCUUGGCUCGCUUAUGUAGGGAAGUGGCUGAGGAAGGAUGUGCUAUUAUGAGGCCUACGAAGAACCCCCCCAACCCUUAUAGGAUGACUCUCCAUUCUAUCCCACAGGAGGAACUAGAUUACGGUCCAGAAGGGUAG